UUAAAACUGGAUAGCAAAAUUUCAUGAUCCACAAAAAACAUGUAACCACAGCCACCAAAAAUGGAAUUAUUUACCCUAAUUUACCCUAAUAUUAGAUUAAUGUCAUAUCCCCUUUCUCUCUGAAAAAUCCCAAUUCCGACAACCCAAACUGGUGGAUGCCAAAUGACACCAAUUCCUCGAUCACAUUCCGAUCUCCUCCAUUCAUGCAAUCCACAGGUUCACUUUCUCAUUGAAAUCGAUUGAUUUAUGUGUAUCUAUCUAUGUACGAAGAGGAAGAACCCCUUUUUGUCUCCAACACAUUUUGAUUCAAAUUCACUGUGAUCGCUGUGUUUGCUUUUUGGGGGGCAAAUGUUAUGCAACCGAGAUACAACCCAUUCCUGCAAUAAAAUGCGGCUUGUGCCCCCUUCUUCAAUCGUUUUUCUUUCGAUUAAAUUACAGAAAUAGCAAAUGGGGAUCGGUAGUACCUUAUCAUCAAACUGCGCAAUGAUAUGAUCAUAGUUUCUUACCCGUCUCAAUUCUUACAGCAUCUGGUUUGGAUUUGACGUCGACCUUGAUCUAAAGCACAUGGGGACAUUGGAGGUGAAGCUUAUACAAGCACAAGGUCUGACUAAUAAAGAUCUUAUCGGGAAAUCCGAUCCAUUUGCCAAGUUGUAUACACGCAAUUUGCAUAGUAUGAUGCAAACCAGCAAAGUUAUUGACAAUCAUCUGAAUCCGAUUUGGAAUGAACAUUUCGAGUUUGUAGUUGAAGAUACUUCCACCCAACACUUGACAAUAGAAGUACAUGAUGAAGAUAAGCUUCAAACUUCAGAACUCAUUGGUUGUGCUCAAGUGAAGUUGAGUGAACUUGAGCCUGGUAACGUGAAGGAUGUGUGGUUAAAAUUGGUAAAAAAUUUGGAGAGUUAUAGAGACAAUGAAGACCAAGGGAAGGUGCAUUUGGAGCUAUUAUAUUGCCCAGAUGGUGUUAUUAACCCAUUUUCUUCAAACUUUUCAAUGACAUUUUUGGAAAAAGUUCCCAAAGAUACUUCAGGGGUUGAAAAUGGUGAUGAAAAAAGAAUGAUAAUUACAAAAGGAGUGCUAUGUGUAACAGUAAUAUCUGCUGAAGAUUUACCAUCUGCAGAUCUAAUGGGGAAAGCCGAUCCUUUUGUGGUUCUCACUAUGAAAAAAACCGGAACCAAAAACAAGACUAGGGUCAUAAAUGAAGAUUUGAAUCCAAUUUGGAAUGAGAGUUUUGAGUUUGUUGUUGAGGAAGGUUUACAUGAUUUGCUUAUUGCUGAAGUAUGGGACCAUGACACAUUUGGGAAGGACUACAUGGGGAGAUGCAUUUUGACACUAACAAGAGUUAUAUUAGAAGGGGAAUAUGAAGACAGUAUUCAAGUUGAGGGUGCCAAAUCGGGAAAACUUAACUUAAAUCUCAAAUGGUUAGCGCAACCAAAUUGAUACAACUUAACAUCGCUUAAGGGUUGUUUGAUAAGACUGAACCAUUUAAUGCUCAAUGAUUCAAACUUCUUAAUGGUUAAGAGAAAGUAGGAUUCCUUAUUUGUUUAGAGGAUUUUGGUGUAGAGGUUGUUCAGAGGCCGUAUUAAAUGUGUUGAAUGCUGACAGAUUCAGAGGUGACAUCUGAAUGGUUCUAUUUGGAUGUGAGAUGACACCUAAAUGGUUCAAUUCAAAGGUUAUCAAACAA